GUAAAGCAAUAAAGCAUUUACUUGAAGCACAACAAGUGUGUCGCUGGCUUUCAAAUAUCGAUACAUGUCGCACUAGAGAUAUAUUCGCAUCUAGUUCCUGUAAUUUUACGAGACGGCUUUCCAUAUAAAAGGAUUCGAAUCAAUACGGCUGUACAUAAUUCACUUCAAGGUGGUGAGGACAAUGUUUUUAACGAAAACAGCUAAGAAGUUGUUGGAGAGCCUGUGGUCACUGACGUGCUGCGAGUACGGCUGCUGCGACUGUUGCCAUGACGACUCGCCGCCGCCACACAAGAGGAUCACCAAAUCCGACAUACAACACUCAUUCCGGGAUUCGCUGUCGCGCCUCGACUCCACCAGCUCCGCGGCUGAGUCAACCAGUACGGCGACGCCACGGAGCAUCCACGAGAGAGCAGAGUCCGACAGCGUUUCACGCGCUGACUCGGUUUCGUCUGCCACGUCCGCAUCCCAGUUCUCGUUCGAGUACAAAAAGCCGACCACCACACCGAUCAUUGAUAUGAAGCCUAUUGAGUUUUGGGCUGCUAAUAAAGAAACUAUCCAACCAAAACAAGGCCGUCGUCGCCUGCCAAGCGAAACAGAAAUAACCAUAGAAAACUUCCAAAAGGACCUCUACAAAUCUGACAAAACCAACAUACCAGCCUGCCUGACAGACGAAGAGAAACUAUCAAAAUACCAGUUGGGACAGAUACAUUUUGGUUUACAUUAUGAAGUGUCGACUGGUGUUCUGGUUGUGAAGAUUAUCGAGGCCCGUGAGCUGCCGCCGCCGUACUGUCUUGACGAGCACAAGCAGGAUCUGGCCCACUCGAACCCCUAUUGCCGCGUCUCCCUGGUUCCCGAUGCCAAAUCCUCGCAUCAGACCUCGGUGCAGCGCAAGACUCAGGAUCCUUCCUGGAGCGAGUACUUCAUGUUCGAAAUCCCCUUUAAGGAGCUCGGGGAUCGUACCCUCGAAAUCCUCAUCAAAGACUUUGACAAAUAUUCUCGUCACUGUAACAUAGGUCAGGUGCAUUUUCCACUUGAGGGCCUGAACCUUGUGAAAGGCAUCCACACGUGGAAACCGCUGUCGCCAUGUAACGCUGACCGCCACGAGCUAGGUGAGCUGCUGCUGUCGCUUAACUACCUGCCGAGCGCCGGCAGACUCAACAUUGACGUCAUCAAAGCCAAACAACUGCUGCAGACGGACAUCGUCGGCGGAUCAGAUCCAUUUGUGAAGAUAACAUUGGUGCACUUCGAAAAGCCAGUGAAAACAAAGAAGACAACGUUCAAGAAAAACACGCUGGACCCAGUGUUCAACGAGUCGAUAACAUUCAACAUCACUCAUCAACAACUCGAGACAGCCAGUCUCGUAAUUUCCGUUUGGGAUUAUAACUCGAAAAGUAAGGAUGACUUUGUCGGAAGGGUCGUGCUCGGUAAAUAUGGGACUGGCCCACACGAGGCAAACCAUUGGCUGCGCAUGCUCCAGUCGCAGCGAGUUCCGGUUGCGCAAUGGCAUUCACUGCGCACUCGCCAAGAAUGCGACCAGGUGUCGCCAGCUUCGAUCGCUGUGCUUUAACACACCAAGUUUUCAAGGAAAUAGAGGAAUCUUGCUUAUACAACAUUAAACACAGCCAGCGAGUAGAACGAAACAAAUACGAUUUACACGAAAAGCAUCCUGAUUUUGCGGUUGUGAAAUUAACUUGUUAUUGUUUGUUGUUAUGUUUUGUUUCAUGUGACCCAUGUUCAUCAUAUAAAACAUGUUAGAUCAAUUCGUCUUUCUUUAAAACGUAAUGUUCGGUUAUGCAGCGUUGAAGUUGAGUUAUAAGUUUUGUUCGAAACUAGUCCAUGGUGCAGGAUCACGUGACUUUUGGGGGUUCCCAUUAAACGUUAAUGCAUGUAAACACACCGGUAAGUAGUGUUUUUUUCGGCGUUAACUGUAUACGCCAGCUUUUCACCUUAGCCUGACCUUUGUUAGCGUCCAAUAGAAUUCAAAUAAAACUUCCCGCGGCCAAGUACAGAUGAAUACACUUCAUUGACUGCAUUGGCUGAUUUGAUAAUACCACUAGAACAUUGGAAACAUGUCCGCGUCUUUGUAACACUGUUUUACUGCGUGUUCAGCAUGAAACAGUUUUAUCUCUAAUAAAAAGGCUUAAUAGAUAGAACAGUUUUACACUCAAUCUCGACAUCAAUACAGUUUGUGAGUGCACCUUUUAUUUUCAGAGGAUUUUCAGGGCGAGAACGUUGUGUACUUAAAGGCCAUGUGCUCAUAUUUAGUACUGACUUCCAUAUUCCUGUCAACAUGUUAUAUGAAAAAGUAUAAAGAGCAGUGGAAGCGAUGCCUCACUUUAAUGCAUUGCAUUUCAACCCGCGAGGUAUACGGGGUCAGUUCGCGGUUAGUGUGUUUGAAUGUCAGAGUUUAUAUACAGGUAACACCUUAUGUGCUGUUCGGAGUUCGCGGUCAGUAACAUAAUAGUUAUAUAAUAAAGACGCUAUAGCGUGAACUAGGUGAACUGGAAUUUUCUUUACCACCAGAAAGAUGUGAAAUGAAGAUAUCCAGCGAUAUUAUUUUAUGGCAUGUCAAUAAUAGAUUCUUAAUGUGUUUUCAACAAUACCAUGAUAAAUAUUAUUUUUAAUUAAUUAACAAGAAUUAUUCCAUCAUAUUUACUAAUGUAUUAUUGCAGCAUAUUAACUAAUGUAUUAAGUAUGAGCGCGAUGAUUCUCGAUACUGUUAAUAAUCGAAUCAAAUACACGUAGCAAUGCCCGAUAAACCACUCAAACAGGUUUGUUCGAAGAACGCGCGUAUACAUAUUUAAAAUAUGUACGGAGACUUCGCGUGUGGCCGGUUGACUUUGGU